GAAGAGGGGAUGAGCAGCACAAAAAGCCCAUCAGCGCUUCCUCACCUCACCUAUGUGACUAUCUUCAAUUCUUCAUCCCCUCUUCGCUCUCAUCAACAAGCAAAUCGAGAAAAAAAAAAGAAGGGGAGAAAAAAUAAUAUAAUAACAGAAAAGGAGAUGAAAAAGGAGUUCCCCGGCCAAGCGCCGACGAGUCGGUUACACUCCGAGAUGGACGCGGCGGCGGCCGGCGGGGGCGGGGCGGCAAAGCGGAAGCGCAGCUUCUCCGAGGACGACGCCUACCUCAUCCUGCACAGGUACCAGCCGGCGACGAUCCUGACGAUGCUGCAGGAGAUGGGGAAGCAGGUGGGCGCGGGGAAGGGGAUCGACUGGAGGGCGCUGGUGCGGAGGACGAGCACCGGGAUCACCUCCGCGCGCGAGUACCAGAUGCUGUGGCGCCACCUCGCCUACGGCCACGAGUUCGUCGAGAGCGUCGAGCCCGCCUCCCUGCCGCUGGACGAUGGGAGUGAUCUAGAAUGUGAGAUUGAGAUUGUCCCUGCUCCGGGUAAUGAAGCAUUAGCUGAGGCCACAUCGUUUGCCAAGACUAUUAUCACCGGAUCUUCACGUGAACAAACCUCUGGUCAACGUGUCAACUCAGAAGCUGCUGCGCUAAACACUCCAAAUGAAAAGAUAGUGCGUGUUCCAUCUGAUAAACAGCUUGUGCCUGGUCACCGUCUAACAAACGGUACAGGUCCGGUUUCCAGCUCAAAGCAGCCCUCCCACACAGGCUCAUCUCCUGAUCCUUUGGACCCUAAUGGACAUCCCAAAAAGAAAAAGAAGCCUAAACCAUGGUCCAGAGAGGAGGACAUGGAACUAGGAGCAGGUGUACAGAAGCAUGGUGAAGGAAAUUGGAUGGAAAUUCUGCAUAAAUAUAAAUUUGAUAGUUCAAGGACGCAUCUUCAACUUCAACAGAGAUGGGCGCUUAUUUGCAAGCGUCAGGGGUCAACCAAGCCUGCUACCCCUAAAAUACCCAAUGUUAUGUCGGAGGAACUAAAGGCAGCACAAAAAGCAUUUUCAUUGGCCAUUGGGACGACCAGAUCGUCUACAUUAAGACCAGGAGGUGUGCCACAUCACAAUCCAAUGGUUACUACUACGAAUCCUGAGGUGAAAUCUGUUACAGCACCUUCACCAUUGCCGGUACCGGUGCAUGUUGUUCCGGUGCCUGUUCCAGUGCAACCAGUACAAGUGCAGUUACCACCACCUCAGUUGCAUCAAGCACCUGCGCAAUCUGCACCUCCACCUCCAAAAGUAUCAAAUGCUUCAAAUAAGUCACGAAAUAAUUCUAAGAAACAAGUUGCCCAAUCAAUUCCUGUGAAUGGCCCUUUGUCGAUACAAGAGGCAGCUCUUGCUGCUGGUGGGCGAAUUGCCGAACCAAGUGUUGCCACCAAUUUUUUAAAAGCUGCACAGUCCACAAAAGCUGUGCACAUAAGAUCUCGAGGAACAGGAUCUUCAAAAUCUUCUACGGGAUCUAAAACACCUACUGUGGCUGGUGAACCUGGGACACAGCUUGGCAGUGAUCAACACCUAGAAUUACAAAGUACUGGUGGUCCAUCUCAAGUUUUGACUGCACAUGCAACUGAACAAGUUCAUAAUGUUUCAGAAGUCGCUGGGGUUAAUCCUCUGGGACAAUCCGCUGGAGUGCAUUUAUCAGAAACUAAGAAAGCACUGAACACCACACCAGUGUCUGGAUCUUCUGACAAAAUGGAAAUAGAUGACAACUCUAAUUAUUUUGCAGUCACAAUGGAGGACUUGUUCCCUGAGGAUGUGAAGCAGGAAGAUGUUCAAGAUCCCAAGAUUGAGGAGGCCAUAGACCCCAAGGAUGCAGACAUGUUAGAAUUUGAUCGCUUUGUGGCCCAAGGAUGCUUAAAUAAGGAUAAUGUGGAUAAGAGCAAGGCUGCCAAGAUUGCUCCAGAAGCUCAAAGCGUUAUUGGCAGCCAGAAAAAACAGCUGAAGACGCUGCCCACAGUUGGCAAAAGCAACCCUGUAUUUGCUGGACCUCCAGCAACUGCGAAAAAGACCAAAGCUCCAGUUCCACAGGGUGGGAUGUCUAGCGGCAUAGUUGGCGUGCUGAAUAGAUCAUUAGGAGGGAAGGCACCUGCUCCUGCUACCACAGGCACCCAAAGUACUGUCCAGAAGCAGCAAAGCAUGAGCUCAAAGGGCAACUUGUUAGUGCCCAAGAAUGUGGCGCCUGGCACCGUAACACCAGCCAACAACCGGGCCAACACAGCGGUGAACGGGGCUAGCAAGGUGAAUCCACCAGCCAGCCAGAAGCCAGCCUAACAUGGUAAAUUCCUUGCUAUAAUAACGCCCUAGGACUUUUGUGCGCUUAGUUUACUUUUGAAAUGUAAAUAGGGCCACGUAGAUACCAUCUAUUCUUUGCCCCCCUUUGCAUUUGUAGCUCAAUUCCUUUCUGAACCAAAGCACUGGUGAAAACAUUAGGUUAGACUGGAUACACCGUUUAAUCGCUUUGCCUUCUCUGUGAUGUCUUAGACUGAUAUGUUCCAUUUGUUAAGCUGGCCUGAGAUUAUCAUGCCGCCUUCCUGUACAGCCUCGCCUCUUUCUCCGUUGGAUAGUUUGGUUGAUUGGCCAAAUAUUCAGAAACUAUGUCAUUGUGGCCUGAUCAAACUGUGAAGAUGGCACGCCAUGCAAGUUGUCUCUA